GCAAGCAGAUUUAUUACAUUGGAAGACUGUGUAGCUCCAUACAGGAUGAUCCGACGAACACGAACCAAGCCUAGGGCAUUACUUCAUGACAUCAAUAACGCCCCUUUGUUCAUGUCACCUGAACAUAUCUCCGAAUUCACCGGUAGCAAUAUAUACAAACCGCCCAGACGGUCUAAUGUCUUACGCAUGGGUUUGACAGUGUGGGCACACUGUGAAUAACCCACGGGAGUGUUUGAAAGAAACAACUUCACUUGUUCCUGUGAAAAUGUUUUCCAAGUUACAGUAUAUCUUCUACAAGACGGGUCUGUUGUGGAUGUUUGUAGUAUUGUGCCACAGUUCAGAGUCUAGUACCGAACGAUGUGUUCAAGGUUCCAACUGUCGUCUGCCUCAGUGUUUCUGUCUGAAUUCGUCUGCUCCACCAAACGGCUUCGCGGCUGAGGACAUUCCACAAAUUGUUGUGUUUGCCUUUGACGGAUCUGUAAACAAGGCAAGCUACGUUCAUUACAAACAUUUCUUUUCGAAAAUUUACAGAAAUCCCAAUUCGUGUCCCAUCCGGGCGACCCUGUUCACGAAGGACAGGUACACCAACCACAGCAUGGUACGUGAGCUCUACCGACACGGUCUGGAGAUAGCUGGGAACAGCGUGACGGGUAAGUUACCCAUCUCCUUCUGGCGGGAAGCAAAUAGAGAGGAACUGCUGGAUGAAAUUCUCAAAAACAGACGACAAUUAUCAGAAAAGACGGGAAUCCCUCUCAAAGAGAUUCGAGGAUGGAGAAGUCCUCAUAUUCAACCCACGGGCGACAUACAGUUCAAGAUACUGCAACAAAAUGGAUUUGAGUACGACUCGAGUCUGUACGUUCAGAGACGGUCUCUUGAGGACGAUAUCACUUGGCCUGGAACUCUACAACAUGGAUGGCCGUUGUCAUGUGAGACAAAGCCCUGCCCUAGCAGCAACUACACGUUAUGGGAGAUCCCCGUUAUAGCGCUACUGGACCACAAGCUGAAAUACCCAUGCAUGACAGUGGGUGGGUGUAUCGUUAAGCCAGAAACGGAAUCGGAUGCUUUUCAGCUUCUGUGGAGGAACUUUUACAACUUCUAUAGGAGUAAAAAGAUUCCCUUUAUUGUGAACAUGAAGCCAGGGUGGCUGAACACGGACUAUCAUUACUCGGCUUUGGAUAGGUUUAUUUUGUCCCUGCUGGAUCUGAACGACGUGUACAUUGUCACGAUGCAUCAGUUGGUUCAGUGGAUGAAGAACCCGACGAAUCUGACAGCUAUUCAUGAGUUCAAACCCUGGAAGUGUCCCGGUGCUUUGGGAGCUGGGGUUUCUGUGAAUCUCAGUGUGCUUGUUGUUCUUGGAGUUUCCGUGCUGGGAUAUAUAUGUGUUGCCGCUUGGGCUUGAAAUGGGGGUGUGCAUGACAGUGUUCAUCAUGAUGUUCAUAAUGGUGUUCACAGUGAUGUUAUGACAGUGUUCAUCACGAUGUUCAUAGCCGUGUUCACAGUGAUAUUUAUGGCAUUGUUCAUCAUAAUGUUCAUAUUGGUGUUCACAGUGAUAUUGACGGCAUUGUUCAUCAUGAUGUUCAUAAUGGUGUUCACAGUGAUGUUAUGACAGUGUUCAUCAUGAUGUUCAUAGCGGUGUUCACAGUGAUGUUCACGGCAUUGUUCAUCAUGAUGUUCAUAUUGGUGUUCACAGUGAUGUUAUGACAGUGUUCAUCACGAUGUUCAUAGCCGUGUUCACAGUGGUGUUCAUAGCAUUG